AUGUAAUUAAUUUUUUUGUUUUUGGGAUUGCUAUUUAGAAUAGAUUGUCAAGAUCCUAAUGAUGCAGUAUUUUCAUAGUCAAUAAAUGUAGUCUUGAAUGGUCAAUUGAAACAUUAUUAUGUGGGUAAUGUGGUUGUACAUGCAUCAAGCAGAUAAGAGAAAAACGAAUAUUUUCCUGAAGAUUCUACCACAUUUGAUGAUGAUGGGACACCAGAAUUCAUAGAGUAUUUGGAACCUUACGAUUAUGAUUAAGAAAUAGAUUUGAAUGAUUUAAGGGUUUCUAGAAUAUAUCCUGAUGUAAAUAGAAAUUAAGUCUUGCCCUACAACAUCCAACAAGGUAAUAUGAGUGAUUAUGCUGUAAAAAAGUACCUUGGAGAUGGUACUUUUGCUUUUGUUUAAAGUGCAAUCAGAUUGAGUGAUGGAUUGCCUGUUGUAUUGAAGCAAAUUAAAAAAGAAUAUACAUGGUGGGCAAAGAUGGAAGCUAAAGUAUUAAACACACUAAAUGAGGAAAGCAAUCCAAAUAUUGUUAGAUUGGUCGAUGCAUUUUUCAAUGAUUCCAGUCCAGUUCUUGUCUUUUAAGAACUUCAAAAUUGCACUACUUUUGAUUACAGAAUCUAUAAUUAUUAUCAUGACUUAACCUCUGAAGAUAUCAAAGAUCUAUACUUUAAGUUAUUUUAAGCUUUAGCAACUAGUCAUGCUAAAGGAAUCAUGCACUUAGACAUUAAACCUGCAAAUAUUAUAGUAAAUAAUGAUCAAAUUUAAUUGAUUGACUGGGGAGUUAGUGAUUUCUAUUUUCCAAUGAAAGAAUAUAGAACAAGAGUUGGCACUCGCCAUUAUCGAGCUCCAGAAUAAUUGAUUCAUUAUAAAUAUUAUGAUUACGCAGUUGAUGUUUGGGCAUUAGGGUCUAUUUUUGCAACAGCUGUUUUCAAGAAAUAUCCAUUCUUUAAUGGAAGGAACAACGAUGAUUAACUCUUAAAGGUGGUUAAAGUAUUAGGAUCUUAAGAUUUCUUUAAGUUUUGUGAUAAGUACAGUAUCUCAAUACCAGAUGAUCUCCAUAAAAAGUUAUAAGGUCAUGAGAAGAUACCAUUAGAAACAUUUAUAAAUGAUGAAAAUAGAGAACUAGCAACACCAAAAGCAGUUGAUUUACUUAAUAAAAUAUUUGUUUAUGAUCAUGCAUUUAGAAUAACUGCCGAGGAUAUUUUGCAACAUGAGUAUUUUACAGAUUUAUGA